UCACUUAAGUGUAUGUUAUAAUUGUUGUUCCAUACGGUAUUAACUAUUAAGCAAUGAGCAUGCUAUUUAGACAUAAGUAUUUAAUAUUUAUAGUAGGUAGUUUCAACAUAAAUGUUUAGUAUUAGGAUACACCUUGGUACCUAUUUCCUAAAUAGUUCAUUGGUAAAUACUAUUAAACAUUUAUAAUUGAUGUUCCAGUGACUUGUGAAGUGUGUUUUUACUGAUAAGGACCUCGGAUCUGCAGACUACAGCCUACAUGGCUAUUUAGUUACAUUACUUCAUACUUAAUCUGACGGUAUUAUUUGCUACAAUCGAGUUUUUACACCGGCGUCCGGCUGGUAUAGUGGUGCUCCUCGAUGUGACCACUGACCGUGUUCUUAAAAGUUUCAAUCAUUGAAUCAUACAUUAUUCGGUUAUUAAGCGUUGGCUGAGGCCUGUAUAUUUUAAAUUGAAGUAGCACUUAUUCAUCUAAGAUGAGUCGUGGAGGGAAAUCAAAAAAUGCAUACCUGCCUGGAGAUUUGGUGGCAUUGGGUUCAAAAGCUAGUCGUGUUGAACCAAAUCCACAAGAGAAACGUGGUAGUAAUAUUUUAUUACAUAGAAAGUUAAUGGAAUCAACACUAUCUGAUAGAAAACGAACUGGACCCCCUAUAGCUGCUAUACCUAGUAAAAAGCCUAAACAUGCAGGCUCUAGUCAUAGUUCAUUUGCUUGGGAACAGAUGUGUAUUGAAGUUGAUUCUAUCGACUUAAUUGAAUCACUAAGUUAUUGUAUUCAAAAUCAGGAAAAUCUAAAAGCUGUUGGAUUACUUUUUGGAGCUUUUAAAAUCAUGCACACACAGCGAUUAAAACCAGAUUUAUUUUGGAGUUUAUUAAUUGCUGCUCGUCAGUUUCCUACAUUAUUUCAUAAUGAAGAAAUUAUAAAUGCUUUGUGCUCCAUCCUCACUUGUCAUUCAGUUGCUUCAACUAAACAGCGUCAAUAUAACAUAGUAGCUGCAAUUACUUCUGUUAAUUUAUUAAUAGUAUCACAUGAUAAGUUAUGUAACUGGCCAGAAGCAUUUGUUAAGGUUUUUGUAGAAGACUCAAUGGGUGAACGUUUGUGGGUAGAUAAUGAAGAAUGUCGACAUUUUGUUGAAAAUAUAAGAGUUAGCUUCAAUACACGUCCUUCACCUUUUAUUCCUUUGGAUUUUUUGGAUACAAUGAAUACACCAGAAACAGCAGUAUUUUCAGCAGAAACUUAUGAAGUUUCUGUUGUGCCAAGAUAUGGAGCUAAUCAAUCAGUAAUUGAAAAUAUAAUUUUAGACAUCGCCAAAGAAUAUUUAAUCAGAAGACAAUCAACUGAAGGAAUAUCCAGAAGCUUGUUAAAAUUAUUAUCUAUUGCUGCUGGAAUUUUGGAGAUUCGGGUCAUGGUUGCGGGUAAAUUGGAAGUUUGGUUACAAAAUGCUAAACUUGUACGGCCAGCCCAAGAAUUACUUUUAGCAGUUUGUGUUAACUGUACUUCACGCACUCAAAGAGACUUUGAUGUUAUUUCAACUAUCGUCAAAAUGAGAUUAAAAACAAAAGCCAUGGGUAACUUUUAUGUAUCAUGUAUCAAAGAAUUGAUUUCAAUAAAUUCAUGUAAUUUGCCAGUUAUAUUAAAAAAUGUAGUUUAUAAUGAAAUGUCUACCUCGCGAAAUACAAGUAAUAUGGCAAUUUUUCAAGUUAUUUUCAAAACUGAACCAGAUCAAAGUGCAUUACUUUUAGCUGACAUUUUUCAGGAAUUAUUGAUAUUGCGAGAUGAUUAUUUGAGACCAUUACGCGGACUUCUAAGAGAAAUAUCACGCCAAGUUCGGUCCGAUUUCAACUUUUUAACUUUUUGUCAAGGUCUUAUAGGUGCCAAAGAACCAUUAAAUCAGACUCCUGAAGUUAAGGAUAGAGUUUUUGCUGGAAUUAUAGAUCUUUUAACAUUGUGUAUAUUUUUAACUGUGUACCCUUAUUUGCGUUCAGAACGAAAAGACAUUGUACAGUUUGAAAAAAUGCAACAAGUUAUUUCAAAAAUUCAAAACGAUGGAGUUGUAUGGCUCCAGGAUAGUGUUUUAAGAACUUAUCGACCUGCUCCUACUGAUUUUGUUCAUGCAUUACAUAAAAUAUUGUUAAUGGAGGCAUCUGAACAGUAUUAUAAAUUAGAAAGUUGGCCUCCUGAGCAAGAUAGAACAACAAUAUUUAGAAUUGCUACUGAAGUACCAUUGCUACAAGGUACAGUUAUAACAAUACUUAUGAUUGGUUUAUCAAAAGAACACCCUUUGAACUCACCAGACGCCUUGGAGUUGGUAGAUCAAUUGGUAAAACGAGCUGCUUCGCUACAAGUGUAUCAGAAUUGUAAUGCCAUUAGAGCUGACAAAUGUGAAUUGUUUGAAAUUUUAUUGGAUUCAUGUGCAUAUCAUCAUCCUGAUAAAAUUGAGUUACCAUUAGGAUAUACACCUCCUCAAUUAGCCAUAUCAAAUUUAUAUUGGAAAACAUGGUUAAUAAUGUUAAUUUAUUGUGCUCACAUACCAUUAGUUUUUGGAACUCUAGCCUGCCGAAAAUAUCCAAUGUUAAGAAUAUUUAUUGAGAUGUGUAUUACAAAUAAUUUUUCUUUUCCCACAUUCCUGGAAGAUCUUCAAUUGCAGUCAGUCGAAAAACAAAAAAUACUUGAAUUUGAAUCUUAUUUGGCUGCCGCUUCUACAAAAGUCACAAUAACUGAACAGACGAGUUUACUGUUAAGUCAACUUAUGGGUAUGGAUCCUAUUGGUCCACCUAGGCGUCCACCAUCGUCUGUAUUAGAACAACUAAGAGUUAUGAAUACAAACUUACAUAUUGGUCACUUGUUAUGCCGAUCAAGAGACCCUGAUUUUCUUUUGGACAUUAUUCAACGCCAGGGAACUUCACAGUCAAUGCCCUGGCUGGCUGAUUUAGUAAAUUCAUCUGAAGGAUCAUUAAAUCAUUUACCUGUUCAGUGUUUAUGUGAAUUUUUAUUGAGUCCAAGUUGUCGACAACAAGGUAAAUUUAAUCAAUUACUAAAUCAUUUGAGAAAGCUGUUAAUGCAUCCAGAAACUGAUCCAAUUAUAAGUUGUGAAGUUUUGGAGUAUUUUUUGAGACGCUUAAGUUCUCCAACAAGUAGGCAACACGCUAUUUUAGGCUUAAAAUUACUAUUAAAUGAAACUGACGAUAAAAUUAUUGAUGUUGAUAAAGUAAUUGAAUCAAAAACUGAUGUUUCGUGGUUAUUAACAAGUUUACCACAGCUUCCAAAUUUUCCAGCUUUUAAGUCCCAAAUUGUUAUAGCUCUAAGACAAGCUUGUCAAGUAGAAAAUGAUCCACAUUUAAUAACAGCAUACUUGACGUUUCUGGCAGAACGGACAUCUGAUGUGGACAAGGUAGAUAGCUUAACUAAUGAGCAGCUUACUGACAUGGUGCUUGAUAUGGCACAAUUAAUUGUUGAACGGAGUACAGUUAUGGCUGCAGUUCUACCUAUAUCAACAGAUACAGUUACGGUGUUCAAUAUUGCACUAAAUUCUUUAGUCAACAUAUUUUAUACGUUUUUAAGCCGGGCUAGAGAACCUUGUCGUCAAAAUCAUCCUUGGUCAGAGAAUCAAGAUCAAAUUCUCGUAACAUGGCCUGGUGGUCAAGAAUGCACUUUACACAUUCUGGUUGUACAUGCUAUGAUUAUACUGUUGACUUAUGGUCCUCAGUGUAUUCAUGAUCCAUUGAAAUUUGAUAAUUUGUUAGAAGCUUGGUUUCCAACAGACCGAAAACAAAUGCCUAAAGCUUAUUUGGUUGAUACAUCAGAAGAAGCAUUACUCAUACCUGAUUGGCUUAAGCUACGUAUGAUUAGGUCGAGGGUUCCUAGGCUUGUAGAAGAAGCAUUGACCGAUCUUGAACCACCUCAGUUAAUAUUAUUUAUUCAAUCAUUUGGGAUACCAGUCGCUUCUAUGAGCAAACUAUUGGACAUUUUGGACAAAGCCGUGUGUAUUGAUCAAGAAGCCAUUAAAGCUGCUGUUAUGGAUAAAGCUUAUAUGGUUCAACUUGUUCAAGUACAGCAGAGACGUGGAGCACAGGGAGGUCAAAUAUUCUCAUCUGUUUUAACAUCAAAUGAAGAAUCAACGAUCAUGGCAGUAGAAGACAAAAAACAACCGUCUGAUAGAUUAAACUUAAAAAUAAAAGACGAUCCUAUUAGUUUAUUAGAAAGACAUAAAAAUAUAAAUGUUGAUUUAAUCAUAAAAAACCUUUUUACUUCUAAGAUGGAGGGUGAAGAAUUUUUAUCAUUGUUACAAUCACUAUCGCAAGAUCCAAAAUCACUAGCUCAAAGGUUUAUGCUUGCAAUGUUAAAAAAUAUGUCAAAAAGUAAAGGAUUUAUGCGUUCUGUCGUAGCAAAUGAAAAUAUAACAUGCCAUUUACUUAAAGUGUUGAUGAUGAAAUGUGGUUUCAACAAAAUAUUAUUGUCUAUUGUUAAAUUGAUGCUGGUUCAAUUGAAUUUGAAGAAAAAACAAAAUAAUUUGCUUACAAUUGUAUUAAAUUAUAAAAACAAAUAUGUGGAGAAAAAUAAAAAGACACCUCAAAAAAACAAAACAACAAAUGAUUCAGAAUUGAUGGAAGUAGAUAAUUUAAUUAAAGGACAAAAACGUUCACUUUUUGUAGAUCUGCCAAAAGAAAUUGAAUUAAAAAUAUCUGAUUUAACAAUUGAUCAACAGGUUAAUAUGUUGUUUUCAAAGACAACUAGUGAGAAAUGGAAUUCUGUAAGAAAAUGCAGACCAUACUUAUUAACAUUACUCAAUCACCACAUGAAUUGGUCAUCGUUGGAGUGUGUUUUAGAUAUUCUAUUACAGCUAAACAAUGUUGAAAAAUUUGAACCUUCAUCUGUUCUUGAUUUAAUAUCUGCUAUUACAACAAAUCCAAAACUAUGGCAAGGUAGAGAAAUGAAUGCUUCCAAAAGUAGAUCAAAUGAAGGGUUAAUGUUAUUGAACCAUGAUCAGCUCACUGCUCUGUUAUUGUACAUGAUUGAAGAGUGUAGAGUUAAACAUGAAGAUUCAAAUAUAACUUGGACAGAAUUAUCUGCAUUCAUGCUAACCAAAUUAUCAGUGAUAUUGAAAAACUGUUUGGCCAAAAAUGACUGUGUCGAAAUCUUUCACAAUAUUUAUUUGAAAUAUAUUAACAAUUCGAACAUUGCAGUGUUCAAACAAAUUUUAAGUCUUGUAUACACAAAUGAUCCAAAUAUCAUAAGUAAAUUACAAUAUUAUGAUAUGGAUGGCUUCUUGGAUCCAAUUAUUAUAAAAGAAAGUGAAGGAUGUGCUUUGGAUUCAAUUUCACACACUGUUGUGUCAUCAAUUGUGUCCACUAAAAUUAAAAGGGACAAAGAAUUGAAUAAAAAAAUAUAUGAUUAUGAAAUACUCGCUAAGCGGUUAUGUACCACUCACCCACUUUUGUUCUUAAGGGUAUUUGAACUACUAUCAGCCCCAUUGCGUAGGUGUUGUUACCUCGAGUUUAGAGCAAUGAAAUCAGGUCAUCUAUUAUUACUCAAUAAUAUUCUCGAUUUAUUAGAAAGUUUAGAGCCAACAGUGUAUUUGCCAUUUUACACGGACUCUCUUCACAAACUUUUGGGAAUUUUCUUGACCAUUAUUAGUAAUAAUUUAAACGUGAGCGCUGCAAGAAAAGAAUUUAAUACACUUUUAUCAAAAUUUGGUAACAGGGUACAGAGCUAUAUAGCUGCAAAUUCACAAGAUGCUAUGGUGUUUAUUAAAUCCAAUAUUAUGUGGUUUGGUAAUGUUAUUGAGAGGUACAAAACUAUUGGAAAUUUGAAUUUAUUAAUUAGUCAAAAUGAUCAAGUGAUUGUCUUACAGCCACCAAAUGAAACAUCAAAUGAUUUGCCAUAUGAUCACUUCUUUAGUUGUUUUAAGGAUUCUGAUUCUGCAACCAAUUUAUUAUCUGACAUGGAACGUUCUGCCUAUCGUAGUAAUCGAGCAUUGGAGCCAUUUUUAAAUAAAGUCACCUCGUUGAUCAGGAAUCCUAGUUCACAUUUACGUUUACCAUCUCUUGGACUAUUAUUGCAUUAUUUACAAUUUAAUAAUAGUAACUUGUCUACAAACUCUGUGUUGGUACCAGCAAUAUUGAGUGCACUGUUGUCCGAUGAUGAUGAAGUUUCUAGCACAAUAAGGAAUCAUAUUGAUUCAUUAUCUAUGUCGAGAGAAAUGGCAUUGUCUCUGUUACUGGAAACAUUCAAUGUUGGCAUAUACAAAAGUUUGAACACGACCCCCAUGAUUACAAAAACAAUUUCUACAAUGAAUCUUCAGUCUGGAUAUUAAAACUGUGUUGGAAAAUGUGUAUUACUAUUAUUCUUUGAUUUUAUGCGUUUUUAAGUUUUAACUGAGCUAUCAAGAAAUAUGUUUUUUUGUUAGAUACAAUAAUACAUUAACACUUAGCCAUUGAUAUAACAAGUAUUGAUUUAAUAAUAAAUGUUUCAAACAGACAAAAGUUUACGACAAUAAAAAUAAUUUUAAAUGAUAAUACAAUACCAUUAAGGUUGGUAGGAUUAUUUUAUAUAAACGAAUUAAAGUAUUAAAUCUCAAUCAAGCGUUGUUAAUUUUAAUUUUUGUUUACAUUGAAGCUUAACAAAUGUAUAAUUUUUUUUUUCACUGUACAAUAAUUAUUAGCUGUAACACAAACAUUAAGUUAUACUGUGAAAAUAUUUUUUUUGUAUAAUUAUAAUAAUAAUAAUAAUAGUAAUAUUAUGUACAAAUCCAUUUUAAUUAUGUAAUAUUAAAUGUUAGAUUUUUAAUCUACUUUCUUUGAUGAAUAAUAUGAAAAACAUUUUAUCAUGUUCCUUUGAUGGCAUAGGGGUAUGAGUGACAGAUCCCUCCAGGUCCUCUCUUUUUAGUCUUUUUGACAGGUGUUUUUACAUAAGUGUUUUCUAUGCACUUAUUACAGUGAGUGUAAAAUAGUAUGUGUUUUGUAAUAGUUAAUAAAUCAUUUUUUAUUUAUCAUAUUUUUAUUUUACUUAGUAAUGAUUCAAAAAAUUUAUAUUGGCCCGGACAAUCAAUUUGUUAACGCUGGACUUAAAUGUUUUUUAGUUUGAAAACUGAAUCAUUCAUUACAGAAGUGUUAAUUAUAUUUUAGUUAAUAUUGUUUUAUAUUAUGAGGAAUAAAAUAAUUAUGGUAAACUAUAAAUCAGUACUCAGUUGUAAUAAGACAGUGUCGAACCCUAAUGUGUAUAAAUUGUCUUUUUAAUUUGUACAUCCAUAAUAAUUAUAUGUAAUACCUAGUAAUUAUGGUCGUUUUUCUUGUCUUAUAGGUCAAGCAAAAUUAAAGAUAAUUGAUUACAGCUAAUGAAUAAUUUAUUUAAAAUGUAUCAAAUAUCAAGUCCGAUCACUCAUAUUUAAGUCUAAACAAUAAUUAUCGAGAUAAAAAUGUUGAUAAACAUUGAAAUUUUAAAAUUUUAAAAACAUGCAAAUAAAUGUAGAUUUUCAAUUUUGUAUUAAAUCCAAUAAACGUUUCUAAUUUGAAUACAAGUCAGGAGGAGUUUAGGACACAAAACAUUUGAUAUAAAGUUUUUUAUCAAUAUUUAUUAUCUCUGCUAAUUAUACUACAAAAAUGUACUAAUAAUAAAACUUAGACCGUAUUUUGAUUAUAAUAUAGUUAAUACUAUAAAUGGUUGAUAUGGUAUUCAACUAAUGAAACUAUGAAGUAAAAAUAAAGGUACUAACAACGUUUACAAUUAAACAACACAUUUCACAUAGGUGGAAAACAAACAUUCUGAUAGGAAGGCUAAAAAAAAAAAAAAUAAUAGUAAUAAGUAUAAUUAUUAAUUAUUAAUAGAUAUUCUAUUCUAUAUCUUCUUAUUAAUAUUAUUGAUGCUCUACAAUUCAAACAUUGUAUCAUACUACACAUACUUUUAGUGUCUACAAUAACUUUAUAAGAUUAAUGAUAUCGUAACACAGUUUUAAUUUAAUA